AUGGCCGCGGUCGGGAAGGAGAAGUACUCGCCUCUUGAGUUCCUAAAUCCAGUCUCUAGAUUUGCUGUAGUUCCGAAUGUGGCUCGACCAUACGACGUGCGUGCGCGGGGAUACCACGACCGUUAA